GCGGCGACAGAAUUUACGGUAAAAAUGGUCAUGAGAGAGUUACUGCUAGAGUUCUUAGUAACAGAUCUAGAACUGUGAAAUUUUAUUCAAGUUCAAAUACCAUAAUCGGUCCAAUGCAUUAUUAUCAUUAUAACAUAACUGAUUUUGGAUUAAUUUCAUAUGAGAAUCCAGAAAUCAUACCAGUACCAAGAAUAAGGAACUAUGACACUGCGCUUUAUCCUGAGAUAUUUAUAGCAGAAGUUUUAUUUAUGAAUAUUGAGGGAUCCCAUGUAUGUAAAUCUGGUCAAACAACCGGUACAACUUGCGGGGAAUUGGCUGCAAUCGAUGGUGUGUCUAUAAAUUCUCAAGGAAUUAUGCUUUACGGAGUCCUCAAAAUGCGGUUGUUUGCUGCUAGUGGCGAUAGUGGUGGUUCUGUAUUCCACUAUGUAGACUUUUCACAUCGUUAUUCAUUUCCUUAUGCAUAUGCAGUUGGUAUAUUAGUGCGUUCAAGUGUUAUUAGAGGCACUAGUAUAGUUGUACCAGCAAACGCAAUCACGCAAUAUGGUAUUGGAUUUAUGGGCCACUAUUGA